UUUUAUUCUAUAGAUUUUAUGGCAGAUUCAUUUGCCAUUCUGGUGUAAUGUUGUCCAUUCCAGAUGAAAUCGUGUAGGUAUUUUUUAUGUGACACUACAGAUAAUGUCCAUCCAAUCUAUGAUUCCUAUAAUUUAGCAUUAUUUAUUGCUUACGCAUUCAAACCGCAUAAUCUACUACAAUGUAUGGUGAACACAAUACUGCUGGGAAAAAUGACUAGUCAAAAACGUAUUCUUGUUGUCUGUUGUCCCACUACACAUCUUGUAACUCAUUUUUCCUCUGUUAACUUCUAUUGUAAAUGACCUUGUACUGUGCUGUAUAGAUUGAAUUGUGAUAAUGAUGAUGAUACGUGUUUUUCAGCACAGCCCACUGAGAAAUAUAGGGCUGGAUGUGUACCAGUUAUUCUCAAAGGGACCAGUUGGAACAUAACGGGUGAAAAGACGAGACAAAAAAUGGGAAUUACACAUGAUUUAUGACCUUAUGAAAAUAACUGCUGCAAAGUAAAUCUGAUGUCAAAUCUCUGUAUGAUCAGUGUUGGUUAGUCUUGGGCUAUUUUUUUAAAUGAAAUAUAUUGGGAAAACAAAUGGAUGUUUAUUACGGAAUGAGAAUGUGUGCUUUUACUAAUUAACAAACAGUAUUGUUUUGACUACAACUGUGUCCAGCUUUGAUACAGUAGCAAGCCCGUAGCUACUUGCAUAUUAUCGGCCACGCGCAUUAUUUCCUCUAUCAACAGUUUGCGUGACUAUCCUUGUUCUGGUUGAGACUUGUGAUAUUAUUACAUCAAAGAAAUUUGUCUGGCAACGCAAAGAUGUGGAAGUCAGUGGUGGGACACAACGUGAGCAUAAAGGUUGCAGAGGGGGACGACUGGGAGACCGACCCUGACUUUGAGAAUGAUGUGUCAGAACAGGAACAGAGAUGGGGGGCCAAGACCAUUGAGGGGUCUGGUCGAAAAGAACACAUCAGUGUAUCAGAGCUGAGACAGAAGGUGUCCCAGGAGCAUGAGGUGGGGAAGCAGAAGGAGCGAGCGGAGGCUCCCAAGGCCUCUUACGGUUACGGAGGGAAGUUUGGAGUGGAGAAAGACCGCAUGGACAAGGGGGCAGUGGGGCAUGGCUACGUGGCGCAGGUGGAGCAGCACUCAUCCCAGACCGAUGCAAAGAGAGGAUUCGGGGGGAAAUUUGGAGUGCAGAAAGACCGUGUGGAUAAGUCUGCCAUGGGUUUUGAAUACAAGGGAGAGGUGGAGCAACAUACAUCUCAGAAAGACUAUUCAAAGGGUUUUGGAGGGAAGUUUGGGGUGGAGAAGGAGAAAGUGGACAAGGCUGCCUUGGGUUACGACUACAAGGGAGAGACCGAGAAGCACCAGUCUCAGAAAGACUAUUCAAAGGGUUUUGGAGGGAAGUUUGGGGUGGAGAAGGAGAAAGUGGACAAGGCUGCUUUAGGUUACGACUACAAGGGAGAGACAGAGAAGCACCAGUCUCAGAAAGACUAUGCCAAGGGCUUUGGAGGACGCUAUGGAGUCCAGACAGACCGCAUGGAUAAAAGUGCAGUGGCCUUCACAGACAUGGAAUCCCCUACCUCUGCCUAUGAGAAGACACUACCAAUGGAGGCAUCAAGUGCAGGGGCAGGCAACCUGAAGGCUCGCUUUGAGAACUUGGCUCGGUCAUCAGACGAGGAGAACAGAAAGCGAGCGGAGGAGGAGAGAGCCAGGAGACAGGCUAGAGAGAAGAGAGAGCAGGAGGAGGCACGACGCAAACAACAGGAACAGAACAGCAGGGAGGAGGAAGCAGAGCAGCAUCAGCCUCCACCUGUUGAAGAGCAGAGACCUCCACCUGUUGAAGAGCAGAGACCUCCACCUGUUGAAGAGACCAACAGGAAGCCCCAACCACCACAGCUGCCCACUGCCAGGGCAGUGCCUCAGAUACCAAGAUAUGAACCUGAGCCAGUGGAGGAAGAGGAGGAGCCAGACUAUGACCAGACCCCGUGCCUGCCCCCACGGUCAAGUGACCUGCUGGAGGCGGAGCCACCUCAGGAGCAGACCCCAUCAGAACCAGAGCAGGAGGAUGAGGGAGAGUAUGAGGAUAUCUCAUCAAUACCUUUCCCAGAACCUGAUCCAGCUGUGAAUAAUGACUAUGAGGACCUGACAUACGGUCAGACCGCAGUGGCCAUUUAUGACUACCAAGGAGAGGCAGAUGAUGAGAUCUCCUUCAACCCGGAUGAUGUCAUCACCAACAUAGAGAUGGUGGACGAAGGCUGGUGGAAGGGACACUGUCACGGACGCAUUGGACUUUUCCCUGCUACAUUCGUGAAAAUGAUGUAGUGAGCGUGCCUAGUCUCCAACACAGACAUAUACCUGAGCCCAUAGGACCUGUGGGUCUUUUCACAGGGGGAACAUCAGCAUAUUGAUCCUAUCUGACAGGUAUAGUUUGAUUGUACCAUGGGAGCAUCUCAAAUGCAUACGCCUCUAUCCUCCCUUUCUCAAUACCCAUUGGAGAAGAAGGGACCUCUAGCUUUCUCAUCCAAUGGGUUUUUAGGUGAGGGGGACACAAGGAGUAUACAAUUGAGAUUCUCCCCAUGUGUUUUCUAAUCAAUUGAUUUAUAUCCGGUCAGUAGUCAUGACAUAUAAUGGAUAGUCAUUGUGCUUCAUAUUGCUCAGGGUGGGAUGCAGGCCUUCCCCUUAUAAAAGCUGAUUGCUAAAUGUUCCAGUGAUAUUCUCAUACACUUGCAUUUCAAAGGAUUAUGUAAGUCAUUUAGCUAUGGAAUGUUAUGUUUAAAAACAAUUAACUACAGACAAUUGUAUUUUGGCUAUUGAUGCAAUUCUCAACUUGAAUUACAUGUUGUAAUUGCAUAUGUAAGCAAAGCAUAAUAUCUGAAACACCAGGUUAAAAAGGUUAUUUCUAGAAUCAACUGCAUGUAAUCAAUAAAAUGUCUUAAUGUACAGAAA